AUGUCGGGCAAUUCAGAACCCAAGAAAUGGGAGGAUUCGAAAUUUGCGCCGCAGGAACUGAUAGUUGAAGAGGGAACAACUAAAAGGUACCAAGGGAAUGGCAAUGCGUUCGCUGAUGGCGGGGCCACAGAGCUAUACGAGCCAAUUCCAGAGUACGAGGGCAGACAUCGAUAUGAUCCCUCGGCCGAUUGGACGGAGAAAGAGGAGAAGAAGCUGGUCCGAAGACUAGACUACAGAAUCUGCUCCUGGGUUUGCCUGAUGUUCUUUGCGCUCCAGCUUGAUCGUGGCAACAUAUCCCAGGCUCUCAGUGACGGGAUGCUAAACGACCUCGGACUGUCCACAAACCAGUACAACUACGGCAUGAUGAUAUUCUAUCUCUGCUUCUUAUCCGCUGAAGUCCCCUCGCAGAUGGUCUCCAAGAAGCUUGGCCCCGACGUGUGGAUUCCCAUCCAGAUGGUCACUUGGAGUGUGAUUGGCAUCUGCCAAGCUUUGAUAGUGGGCGAAAAAAGCUUUUAUGCCACUCGUGCUCUCCUUGGCCUGGUCGAGGGUGGGUUCAUUCCAGAUGCCCUUUUAUAUCUGUCAUAUUUCUAUACCAACAAAGAGCUCCCGAUCCGAGUCGGCUACUUUUACUGCUCCUCGCAUUUCACCUUCAUCAUUGCGGCGUUUUUGGCCUACGGGAUACUGCACAUGAAAGCGAUUGGAGGCUGGGAAGGCUGGCGGUGGUUGUUUGCUCUGGAGGGUGGAUUGACGGCCAUCAUCGGCGUACUUUCCUGGUUUUACUUACCCCCGAGCCCGACACAAACCGCAAGUUGGUUUCGAGGGAGAAAUGGGUGGUUUUCAGAGAGGGAAGAGGUCAUCAUGGUUAAUCGCGUGCUACGAGAUGAUCCAGGCAAGGGCGGCAUGCAUAACCGCCAGGGCCUGACUCUGAAGCUCCUCUGGGCUUCAAUCAUGGACUAUGACCUGUGGCCGUUGUACGCAAUCAGUUUCACGAUGCUUAUUCCUACGAAUCCCGUCUCGGCAUAUCUAACUCUGAACCUAAAGAAUCUUGGAUUCGACACGUUUGAGACCAAUCUUUUGACCAUCCCCGCCUAUGUCCUCUUUCUAAUCCAGCUGGUCUUUUGGUCCUGGCUCUCGGAGAAGAUCAACAACCGGAUGGCAAUUGUCAUGUUCUAUUCCGUCUGGUGCCUUCCGCUCCUGUUAGCUUUGGAGCUGCUGCCGUCCUCUGCUAGUCCGUGGAGCUGGUACGCUGUGACCGUCAUGCUGAUUGGGUUUCCCUACAUCCAUUCCAUCAAUGUUAGCCUUACUUCUCGAAACGCCGGCUCCGUGCGCACUAGAACCGUGGGCAGCGCGCUAUACAACAUGAUCUGCCAAGCGAGCUCGAUCAUUUCCUCUAACAUCUACCGUGCCGACGACGCCCCCUACUAUAGACGAGGCAACAAGGUCCUCCUGGCAAUCGUCGCCUGGAACGUCGUCAUGACCGUCUUCAUCAAAGUCUAUUACACCCGGCGCAACCAAGCACGCGAGCGCAGCUGGAACGCCAUGAGCCUCGAGGAGAAAGACCAGUACCUCCGGACGACUAAGGAUCAGGGGAACAAGCGCCUGGACUUCCGGUUUGCUCAUUAGACGGGAUGAGUGUGGACACCCAUACGGAGCAUGAGAAGUCAUGGUCUGCGGCCUUUCCAACGCCCCCGGGACCCCCGGGACCCCCGGGAUCCUCCCCCAAAAAGAAGUCGCGACAGUUAUUGCGGUCCUCGAUGAUCCUCAUUUCUUCGGAUGUACGUUUCAAUGAAGGGUGUUAGCUGUUCGAUGAGUAGGCGCUUUGUAUAGCAAUUGCCAAUGAGUGAGCGAAGGUGAAUAAUCCUGAAAGAACUUCACCCGCAGCUAAGGGAGGACAAAUGAAAAAGUGAAGUACUGUUCGCUGUAGAAUAAGG